UCUCAGCAAGCAUGCAAGUGCAAGGCCAGGCUUCAACAAGCAAAUUAGCCAGUGGCUUCAAACAUCAUGGCAUCAACUUGCACGGCCAUCCUUGCAUUUGCACUUUUUCUCGAGUUUACUAUGUACGGAACCAUGGCAUUGCCCAGAGGCACAACUGAUCAAGAAAGUGCAGACCAAGACGGAUUCAUUUCAAUGACAGAUGACACAAACGAAGCAAGCCCUGGACUGCUCUCCUUUAGAGGAUACCCCAUCAUUGAGGGCAGACUUGCCGACAAGGAUGGGACAAAACGGAUCUUCAUACUAGCUGACCCAGAAAUCAAGAGGUCUCCUGGGAGGGAAACAUAUCCUGCAUUUCCAAAAACUCUGCCACUGCGUGGGAUUGAUCACACUCUGGAUGGCUUCAGCAUGAGGGAUACACGGAGUGCAGAUGAUGUCAUUCCCAUGGGUAGGAGGGACAUAGACCUGCUACGAUGCAUGAUAGGUCGAGUAUACAGGCCAUGCUGGCAAACUUGAAGCCCGAGCAGUUUACAAACCACAUUUGUUCUGUACCCUUUAUUUCAUUCUGCAUGUUAUUCCAAACAUAUGACAAUACAUAUCUGUAC